AUGCGGUGGAAUCAGCUCAAUGGCCCUCUUCCAUGGGAGAUUGCACUCUUGCCACACCUGAAACAGCUACAUUUGAAUGACAAUGUGCUGAGUGGAGUGUUUCCACCAAAGCUGCUCUCUUUUUCAUUGGAACAGCUGAUGUUGGGCAACAACCAACUCUCCGGACCCCUCCCUGCCAGAUGGUUUGAAACUCUCCAUGAAGGAAAUGCAAAACUCGUCAAUCUUCAAAUCUCUUCAAACAGACUGACUGGGACAAUCCCCUCUGAAGUGGGGAUUUCCCCCUUGAAGAGCCUUGGUCUCAGGAAAAAUUCACUGACAGGGUCUCUGCCACUGGAAUUUUUCCACAUGGGUUCUUUUAAGAAUCUAGAUUUUGCUCAAAACGAUCUUACGGGCACCCUGCCAAGUGAAAUUGGAUUGCUAACGCACCUGCAUUAUAUCUUUUUGAGUCACACUGGCAUUGCAGGAACCUUGCCCUCAGAGAUUGCCCUGCUGAGCACACUUAAGGAGAUUGAUUUGUCCUUUACCAACAUGCAAGGGACACUCCCGGAAGAAAUGUACACCGGACUCACAGACCUUCGUGCUUUUUCUGGCAAUAACUGCAACUUUUCUGGGACUAUCAGUUCAUCACUUGGUCUUUUGACAAGUCUAUUUUGGCUGCAUGUGUCCAACAACAACUUGCACGGCACAAUUCCCAAUGAGAUUGAAGAGUUGACUAAGCUGACCAAACUGGCAGUGGAUGGGAAUCAGUUCACCGGCACUGUUCCAGCAUCUGUAUGUCAUUCUGCUGCUUAUGUUGAUAAUUAUGGAGGCACUUCAUUGGUUGUUGCUGACUGCUUGCCAAAUACAGAGACCGGUGUGCCCGCCAUCGAAUGUGCCACGGAUUGCUGCACCAGUUGUUGUGACGAGACUGGGGUUUGCUUGCUAACUAGAUUGACUUUGACGUUUAAGUCAAGUUAG